AUGGAAACUCUCCUCUCCCACUCCUUCGACUACCUCUCCUCCACAUCGCCUCAAAGGAUCCGCAAGGGACUACGACAGGUCGAAGGACUUCUGGCUCAGCUAUGUCUGCCAAAGGUGACCGCGCUCAAUAAGCGACAAUCUAUGCUGCUUCUCGGGUCCUCUUCGCCGCCAUCUGGCAAGAAACUAUCCGAACUUCCCGAAGAUCCAGCUUUCCGAGAAUUCUUCAAGCUUCAACAAAGCUUCCAAUGGAACAUUGCGAUGAGAUUGGUCGCGUGUCUGGAGAGAUUGUUGGGGAAAGAGAGCAACGGAACAAAUGAUCUGUUGAUCAUUCAAACAUUGGACCUCAUCCAAGGAGUGCUGCUUUUACAUCCGCCCUCCCGCGCCCUCUUCUCCCAAGAAAUAUACAUGAACCUUUUCCUUGACCUGCUGGACCCUUCAAACUGUCCCGCCAUCCAAUCUUCCACCAUCAUGGCUCUCGUCACCUCGUUACUCGACCAACCUCAAAACACCCGAACGUUCGAAACCAUUGACGGACUCCUGGUAGUGACAUCUCUCUUCAAAUCUCGCAGCACCGCACGCGAGGUAAAAUUGAAGCUGGUCGAGUUCUUGUAUUUUUACCUCAUGCCUGAGUCACCGGCACCCAAGAUGUCGAUAUCCACAUCAGCUACCAACACUGCAAUUCUGGGCGGACGAGGAAAAGAAUUGAUUGCUGCUUUUGAUCGACGGAGAGAAACCGUGAAUGGUCCGGAGGGUGGAAAGAAUCCCCCAGGUGACAAAAAAACAACAGAAGAGAAGCAAAACCUCCUCAGCAAACACCUGAACAAUGUCCAGGAUUUGGUGCAGGAUUUGAGAGAAGGGGGUGGUAUUUUUGGUGUGGGCGGCCAAGAUGAGUGA